AUGGAAAGUGCUAUUGAGGCGCUUGAAGAAUUUGGUACUUGUCUCGAAUCCAUUUGGACAUACGAUAUUUCAAAAGUAAACACUCGUCCAAAUGAUCAAGCUUAUCGAGAUGCCAAAAAUCAUACCAUUUCAGAAGCAUUCAAAGUUGAUAUUGAUCUGUUCGAAAUGAAAUCAUGUCUCGCACAAGGAUAUCCAUUUGCAUUCGGUUUACGACUUUAUUCAUCAUUUGAUAAAGCAGCUGAAACAGGUUUGGUACCCAUGCCGAAUGCAUUAGAGAGCUAUCCAGGAAAUUUGGGUGAUAAUCAAGGCUAUCGGCAAAAUUGGGACACCAAUCAAUUUGAUCAACAAAAUUGGACCAACAAUCAGUUCAGCCAACAAACAUGGAGUCCUAAUCAGUUUAGUCAGCCAAGCCAACAACCAUGGGGGAAUAACCAGUUCUAUCAGCAUCAUGACGAAAAUAAUCAGCCUGGACAACAGACUUGGGAUCAAAAUCAGUUCGGUCAACCAAACUGGAAUAGCAACCAGUUUAGCGGAGGAAACAAUCAAUUCGAUCAGCAAACUUUGACAUAUAAUCAGUUUGGACAGCAGAAUUGGGGUACUAAUCAAUUAGAUCUGCAGAGUCAACAACAUUGGAAUAGUGGCCAAUUCUAUCAACCAAAUCAGGGAAACAAUCCGCUUAGCCAGGAGGCUUGGAGCAAUAAUCAAUGGGCUCAGCAGAAUCAGCCUCAGUGGAGUAACAAUCAAUAUGGUCAAACUUAUGGAGGUAAAUAA